UCGUCUUGUUUUGAAGCCUCGUUUGAUAACAAUUCAAGACUAGACGUAAUACCGUAUUCAAAUCGCCUCGGGAUUUACAUGUGAAAGCAUUCCUGUCAGAUAAAGCACGCGUCGUAUCAUAAUUCGAUGACCCUUGUUACUUCACGAAUUGCGACCCUCGCCGCAGUAUCCAAGUAGACGAUAUUCCACUAGUCGUAGGUUAGGUUAAAUUUAACAAGCUUGUUUGAUCAGUCUGUGCCACGGUCUGUGCUAACAAUAUGGCAAUCAUAAACACCGGUAAGAGAACCGAAUGAAUCAAUUUUACUAUAUAUUAUUAGAUAUAAAAUAUUCGGGUAGCAGUGAAUGUAAUGCGGGUUAGAAAGACUUUGGCCGUCUUUGGAACGGGGCUGGUGUUGGCAGGAUGUGUUAUGCUUUAUCUCAUGAUGGAUUUGGCGCUGUAUCCAAAUGAUCGUGGAUCUAAGCUUCCACUUAAAGAUAGCCAGUGGCUGCAUUUUGAAGAUCGACUGUCGAAGCUGGAAAAAGAUUUUAUUCAACAUCAUGAAGCCAUGAAUGCUAUUCAGAUCGCUGCUCAAACUAGAGAUGUGGUGAAUUCAAAUAAUUAUGUGAACAAUCUAGUCAGAUCAACACCGAAACCGUUUCAUAUGGAUCACCUGAUCAACACCAAAAAGAAGCAGUGCAGCUUUUUGCCAGAGCAAGUACCACAAGUCGACGUUCAAAUGUUGGAAAUAUAUAAGAAACUAGAGUUUGACAACCCCAACGGCGGUGUUUGGAAACAAGGCUGGGCAAUAGACUAUGAUGAGAAACAGUGGCAUCCGACAAGAAAGUUGAAGGUGUUCGUUGUGCCUCAUUCCCACAACGAUCCUGGCUGGUUGAAGACGUUUGAGAAAUACUAUCAGACUGAAACUCGAGACAUACUUAAUAAUUUGGUUUCAAAGCUUGCUGAGGAUAAAAGACGCAAAUUCAUAUGGGCCGAGGUAUCGUUCCUCCAACUUUGGUGGGACGAACAGAACAAGGAGACUCAGGAUAUGUUCAGACAGUUGGUUCAUGACGGGCAGUUGGAAAUUGUUGCUGGCGGUUGGGUCAUGCCCGAUGAAUCCAGCGCCCAUUGGUUGGCUCAGCUAACCCAGUUGACCGAAGGUCACCAAUGGUUGAAAAAUAAUUUAGACUUUGUUCCCAAAUCAAGUUGGUCGAUCGAUCCAUUUGGUCUGUCGCCUACUAUGCCUUACUUAUUGAAGGGCUCAGGAAUGGACAAUCUAUUAAUUCAAAGGGUACACUACUCUGUUAAAAAACGAUUAGCCAGAGAUAAACUACUGGAAUUUCGAUGGAGGCAACUCUGGGACAACGACGGAUCUUCUGAGAUGUUUACACAUAUGAUGCCGUUCUAUAGCUAUGAUGUACCGCAUACUUGUGGUCCUGAUCCAAAAGUUUGCUGCCAAUUUGAUUUCAAGCGACUUCCAAGUUACGGUCUUACCUGCCCUUGGAAAGUACCACCCCAAGUUAUUAGCAGUAAUAAUGUUGCAGAGAGAUCCAUGCUCUUGUUGGAUCAAUAUCGUAAGAAGGCGCAGCUGUAUAAAACUAAUGCGUUACUGAUACCAUUGGGUGAUGAUUUUCGGUACAAUCAUCGCACCGAAUGGGAUGCCCAGUACAACAAUUACCAGAGACUCUUUGACUACAUGAACUCACAUUCAGAACUCAAUGUUAAAAUCCAGUUUGGAACACUUAGUGAUUAUUUUGACGCUGUUCGGGACGAACAGAUAAUAGAGAACUUCCCAACCUUGUCUGGAGACUUCUUUACAUAUUCGGAUAGGGAUGACCACUACUGGAGUGGUUACUAUACUUCAAGGCCAUUCCAUAAGAGAUUAGAUCGUGUACUACUAGGCUCACUGCGGAGUUCAGAGAUCCUUGCUGCGAUAGGUUGGGUUCGCGGCGGUGAUCAAUUAGCAGAGAAAAGUCUCUUUGACAGACUGCAACGCGCUAGAAGAUCACACUCUCUGUUCCAGCACCAUGAUGGCAUAGCAGGAACAUCUAGAGACCACGUAGUCAUUGAUUAUGCUGAAAAAAUGAUAACUGCCUUGAAAGACAGUGAGCAUGUUUUGCAGCACUCAGUUAUGCAUCUAUUAAAAAGUCAGCAGGAUUUUGCUAUUGAUCCUAAAAUUGCAUACUUCACUCUGGAUGAAGCCAGAUUGGAUUACACAAAUCCUGGAAAUAAACGUGUGCUCACUUUCGAAGCAGAAACAUUAUCACGGAGGGUGAUAUUGUAUAAUCCACUACCAAGGCAAAGGACUAAAAUUCAGACACUGCUUGUAUCGACGCCGUAUGUAAAAGUGACUGAUAGAAUCGGUCAUCCAGUUCUGUGUCAAAUAUCUCCAAUUUGGGUAGAAGUAGGAAGUUUAUCUUCUGCAAAAUUCGAACUUUCUUUUGAAGUUACUGUACCUGGUCUGGGCCUUAGCACAUACUUAAUUCAUGUUCUUCCCAGUACGUCUUUAGCGCCACGAGUUCACAUCGCUAAUGUUACCUUAUACAAUGCUCCAGCCCCACCGUCAGCUGUCCCAGGAUUUGCUCAUCUCCAAGCUAUUCCACAGAAACGGGAAUUAUCUAUUCAGCAGAGGUCAGAAGUUGUGGCAUCAUUUACCGAGUCAGGACUUUUGAAAGCAAUGCGCGUCGGCAAUAAUACAGUUCCGAUCCAUCUUGAGUUUGUAAAAUAUGGGACGAAGCCCUUUGGAGACAGAAGUGGGGCAUAUCUUUUCUUGCCCAACAAACCGGACCCUGAUGUGAUUCCUGUACCACAUGAUACGGUUGUUCAUGUCGUGGAAGGACCUUUGCUAUCAAGGGUUUAUCUACAAUUACCUCACCUCUUUCAUACCUGUACAUUAUUCAAUUCACCUGACAGCGAUGGACUUGGUCUACACAUACACAACGAAGUAGACAUUUCAGAUACACAAAACUUUGAAAUUGCUAUGAGACUGAACACAGGCAUUGUAUCCAGGGACCAAUUCUUCACAGACUUGAACGGCCUUAAUAUGGUGAGACGCCAGAGAUUUCCUAAGCUACCAACACAGGGAAAUUAUUAUCCACUGCCUACAGCUGUGUAUAUUGAAGAUGAACGAAUGAGACUGACAGUAGCUACAGCACAGCCGCUGGGUGUUGCUUCAAUGGGAACAGGUCAGAUUGAGAUUAUGCAAGAUCGACGACUCAUGCAAGAUGACAAUCGAGGCUUAAGCCAGCCGGUAACGGACAAUCUCUUGACGAAUCAUAUAUUCAAUCUGGUCUUGGAAAAACGAACUGCCAUGCCUUGUUCUGGAGGAUCACCAGCCUCAAACCAUCCGGCAGGUUUACUGUCACUGGGUGCUUACCUAGCUACUCAAGGAUUGCUACAUCCGAUUAUGGCUUUUCAUCCUUCAGAUUCGAUAUCAACCGAACUACAUCCAGAGUUGUCGCCAUUACGUUUUGAUUUUCCUGCCGAUAUAGACAUAGCCAGUUUGAGAGUUUUCCCAGUUCCCGAAGGGGCUGGCAAAGGUAUGGGACUGGUCCUGCAUAGGCAAGCGUUGGAUCUCUGCUGGGGUGAUAAGUCUUUCGUACAUCGGACUAAAGUAUCAGACGAUGGAGAAGUUGAUUUAAGAAAGUUCCUCGGAGACAUGGGAGAUUGGACAAUAAGUGAAGCUCCGCUGACCUUCACUAGUGUUGGACCAUCUUUGAAAUCCCCAAUAAUUAAUUUGUGUCCACACGAAAUACUGCCGAUCUUAUUUCAUCGGGCACAAUCUUAGUUUUCAUGCAUUGUUAUUUGAUGGAAUGAGUUUCGUCUGCCUUAGGGUUGACGAUGCCCAAAUUUUGUUUGCUAAGAAUGAUGUAAUGUACCUUUUCUGUGGUAUAAGGGUUCGUACUGUCAAGCCGGUACCUGAAAUGACGAUGGGUCUUAUGUUAUGCAAUACUCUUGUGAUGAUCAAAGUUUGUUCAACUAAAACAUAGUUUUUAAAGUUUGAAUAAUAAUAAUAAUACAAUUUGAAUACCCAAGUGAAUGAGAAAACGAUAUUGCUGCGGGAUUGUGUUUGAAGACAGUCAUAACAACUUUUUGCAUUUGGGUUUGAAAGGCCAUUGAUUCCAAUGCUUGCAUCAUAAAACGGCCUAAUCCUCUGCGCCUGGAUGAUGGCUCAAGCUGUAUUUCAUAACUACACAGAGCAGAAAAAAUGAAAGAUUACAGUUCAAAAUAAAAUAGUAUUAAAUAUACAGUCAGGAACAAAAAGUAAGAUAUGUAGACUACGCAGGUGUCAGAGUUUAAAUGAUGAAUAACAUUUGACAAGUGAAUGCAAUUCGAUGUCAAUGUAUCACUAGACUAGAGGCUUUAGUAUGAAUUCAUCAUUUACAACUUUUCCUUCACCGUGGAUAUUCUAUUGCGAUUACUUACAAAUUUAACAAUUACAUCUAUUAAUUUACCAGUACAGAACUUCUACACCAUAGUCUAUAUCAAAUCUGAAGUGCGAAAAACCGAUUGGUAUGUUGUCAGCAGAUGCCACUAAAUACCAAGCAGCUGGUUCUAGUAAUUCAGUCUGUUUAGCCACGAGAUCCCAACCCCACGCGGACUGCUCGUACAUUUGCUUCAUGUUGCGUUCCAUGAGAUCGAGAAUCCAAGAUACAGUCUGUUUUGACAAAUCUGUAACCCUCUGACAUGUGACCUCAAUUAAAACUCCGUCUUUGGAUUUGUAUUUGUGAAAACAUUCUAGAGUGGCAAGAGGAUCUAUUAGAGCAUUUGCUUUUUCUACAAGCUGUUUGGCAGUUUUCUCUUUUUCUGCCUGAAGUUGGCGCCUAGUCUUAUGUGCUCUUCUCUGAAAAACAACAAAAAUUUAUCAUUUCUCAAGAGUAACGAAGACGUGAAUUCAAUACGCACCUUCAUGUUGACAGCUUUGGAAGAGAGAUCGAUCAUUUGUGUCUCAAAUUAAAUUUCGUAAUCAAAUACGUGGUGCUGCAUUUGUGGUAUUUAUCAUUUUUGUGAAAUAGUAACAAAUACAAUUCCAGAAGUAUCUAUCUAGCAGCUUUUUAAAAAUCAGCAAACAUUAGUGAAACAAGUGACACUAACUCUGGUAUAUCUUGGUUUGAGGCUACUGGUAUAAGUGGAACCUGGAUUAAAAAUGCAACAAUUCAGAAAAGUGGUACGGUACUCGGUAAAUCAAUCUAUGAAUUUUCACAUUUAGACCCAACAGUUGGAAAAGUACGAAUGAUCCUUUGGCAUGCGAAUAAAUCUGAAAUAAAGUAAUACACUUUCA